AUGCGCUUAGCUGUGUUCCUUCUGACUUUAGCCUUAACCUACGCAGAAGAUCCUAUAAUCAAAGGCGGAGAUGUAGCCGUACCAGAGCCAUUGACAAGUGGUCCACAACCCCCUCCUUCCGGCCUAUCUGAAAACGAUGAUGACUAUGAUGCACCACCUGUUGAUCCUUUACCACCAGACGUUCAUGCACCCGCAUUCCCGAAACUGUCGCCUACAGAAGAUCAAAACGAUUUCACAACAACAGAGGAUCCGGCAGAAGCAGAUGAAGAUUUCGAUUUACCCACUAAGAAGCCGGAAUCAGUGCCCAACAUUGCAGAAAUCAAUAGAACGGAAAUUGAACAAGAAGGAAUGAUAAUCUCUUCGACUGAUGACUAUCUCGAUGUUUCCGAAAAUGGAAAUGGAAGCUUCACUGGAGAAAAUUCGACAAAGACAGAAGUGAGCUCCGGAACAAUCAUAAUCGGGGAGCGUAUCCCCAAUAACCCGGUUAAAGUUGAUAAGUUCAGUGCUAUACCCAAUGCAGUAGUCGUUGGUACACCUGAGCAAAUUGUCAUUGAUAAAAUAAGCAUUGACGAAACGAAAACAGUUGAUGACGAAAGUGAAGCACUAAGUGCAAGCGAAAGAAAAGAAAGUCUAGAAGACUUGCCAGUCUUUGGAAAUCCGAAAGGGACCAAUGACGAACAACCGUUCACCGUUCGGGCCCAAGCCAAAGAUAGCUUAGGAGAGGACCAUUUCGUUGGCGAAGGCUUAAGCAAACCCAUUUCCAAGAAAAAGAAGGAUAAGAACUCGGAAAAAAGCACUGAAAAAAUCGCUGCGACGGUAGCCGACAUAGAAAGCUCAAAUGCUAAAAAAGAAAAAGUUUUUGGAGAGACUUCGGAAUCACAUAAAGACAAUAAAGAUUUGACUGCUGAGGAAAAUACAGCUAUCGAUGACUUCUUCAAUGGUAUCGACACAGGUGGGUGA